CCCUUUCCCAAUUUUUUAUAUUUUUCCUAUAUUACCCAUUUAAAAAAUGUCGACGGAAGCACCUAGUUGUCCUAUGCCAAAGAAGGAGGAAUCCUGUCCUAUGCCCAAGAAGGAGGAAUCCUGUCCCAUGCCCAAGAAAGAGGAGUCUUGUCCCAUGCCCAAGAAGGAAGAGUCUUGUCCCAUGCCUAAGAAGGAAGAGGCUUCUUGUCCCAUGCCCAAGAAAGUAGAAGAAAAGAAGAAAACCGAGUUCCCACCUGGCUGCCCCAUGCACAAGGGCGGUGAUGAUGAGUUGAACAAGCUCAACAUGAUUCCCAACUUGACACAAUCCCCACAAGCCGAUCAAACUGUGGAUUUACCCACUGAGCGUGUAACUUCUUCUAUUCCUAAAGCCAAGGGAGCUACAUCCAAAUGGGAAUACCCUAGUCCUCAACAAUUUUACAAUGCUCUUCGUAGAAAGGGCUGGGAAACUCCCGAAAAUGAAAUUGAAACUAUGGUAGAUAUUCAUAACUUUUUGAACGAAGAAGCCUGGAAUGAGGUGUUGAAGUGGGAAUCCAAAUACAAGUGUGAUUGUGCUGAAGAUCCUUAUUUAUCAAAAUUCCAAGGUAGACCCCAAGAUAUCACACCUAAAGCUCAAUGGCAUUCAUUAUUCGGUGCUCCCAAGCCCUUUGAUAGACAUGAUUGGUAUAUUAGCCGUUGUGGACAAUCCAGAAGAUAUGUGAUUGAUUAUUACGAAGCUCCCGAAGAAGUACCUGGUGUACCUGUCUUCCACUUGGAUGUCCGUCCUGCUUUAGAUAAUGCCGAGAGUGUGAUGGUUCGUUUUAAAGAAGCUGCCAAGAUGAAAUGGGAUCAAUGGUUCCCUACCGCUGCCGAAAAGUCAACUUAGAAGACACACUUUUUUUCUUUAUUUAUUAAGAAAAAAAAAAUUAUUUAUUGUUAUAUUCACGAAUUUUUCUCAUUAAAGAUCGACCUUGUUUAAAGGUAGUAUAAUCACGCACAACACGAGAUUGAGGUCCCAUGGAAGGUU